AUGUCGACUAAACUGCAGGUCUCGAAGGCGGUGACCAAGAAAAACACUGCCACGGGUGGCCCCGUGCAAAGUCCAGGCAAGGUGCAGAAUGGUACGAAGAAGAAGUGCACGGAGGCUGCACCCAAACCCCGGUCAUCUAGCGGUGACGGCCCUCCUGGUGGCGAGGUUCGCAAGUCCAGCCGCCCUCGAAAGGCGAAAGUGUGGUUUGAGGAAGGGGCGGAUGCUACCGAAGAAGGUGCUGAUCCUGUUAAGUCUGCCGGGAACAACCUUGAUGGCGACGAUGUGGACAACCAGAAACACGAGGACGAAGCUGAGGCCAACGACAAGUCGGGUGACGUGGGCGAAAACGAGGUGGACGAGGCAGUAGACGAUGCCGGCGGCGAGCCGGAAGAGGAAGAGGAAGACUUGGCGGAGGACGAUGCUGAAGAGAAGGCGGAGGAAGAGGAGGGUGACGAGGCGGAGGAAGAGGAGGGUGACGAGGCGGAGGAAGAGGAGGGUGACGAGGCGGAGGAAGAGGAGGGUGACGAGGCGGAGGAAGAGGAGGGUGACGAGGCGGAGGAAGAGGAGGAUGACGAGGCGGAGGAAGAGGAGGACGAGGAGUCUGAGGAAGGGCAGGGGGAUGAGGACGAGGCUGAGAAGGGAAGUGAGAAAGGCGAUUCGGCGGAAGUGGAGGAAGGUGCGGAUGCGCACAAGCCUCAGAUCACGAGGAAGGCUAGCUUUGACGAGAUGCUGGAAGAGCAGGGUGACGGUGAUGACGAAGACAUGGAGGAUGAGGCUGUGGCUGAGGAACGUUCUAUGCUGCUUGGGAAGCUGAAGGCACUCGAUGAGAUCAAGGAACCCGUUGUCAGCUCGAAGCUCGCUAGAAAGGGUGUGAAACCUCUUCCGCGUUCAGAACCCUCUAAGGUUCCUGCUAAGCCACCACGAGGGAAAGAUGCAGUCACAUCGGCUAAGGGAAAGGAGAAAGUUCUGGCGACUGAGAGUAUUCUCGGUGGGAAGUCGAAACGGGAGUUCGCCUUGGUGGUUGGCGGUGCGCAGAAAAAGCAGAACACCGGUGAAGUGUCGGCCAAACCGAAGUCAACUCCUACGGCAGCAGGCGCUGGGACCAGCGGGGGAAAGGCCAAGGCAGGCGCUGGGGCAAGCGGGGUAAAGGCCAAGGCAGGCGCUGGGGCAAGCGGGGUAAAGGCCAAGGCAGGCGCUGGGACCAGCGGCGUAAAGGCCAAGGCAGGCGCUGGGACCAGCGGCCACUGCGGGAUGGUACAUCUUUUUAUUUGUGGCAUGCUUGCUGAUGUCACGUCGCUUUCCUCCCUUCCCUGCCGUCGCUUUCCUCCGAUCCAUGCCGUCACCGUCAUCCCAUCCCUGCCGUCACCUUCAUUACAUCCCUGCCGUCCCCUUCAUCCCAUCCCUGCCGUCACCUUCAUCCCAUCCCUGCCGUCCCCUUCAUCCCAUCCCUGCCGUCACCUUCAUCCCAUCCCUGCCGUCACCUUCAUCCCAUCCCUGCCGUCCCCUUCAUCCCAUCCCUGCCGUCCCCUUCAUCCCAUCCCUGCCGUCACCUUCAUCCCAUCCCUGCCGUCACCUUCAUCCCAUCCCUGCCGUCCCCUUCAUCCCAUCCCUGCCGUCCCCUUCAUCCCAUCCCUGCCGUCACCUCUGACCCGUCCCUCAGUCACCUUUCCUCCAUCUCUUCCGUCCCGUAUACAAUCAGCAGCUACCAAUCAGUACUCUGGAGCUGCACCACCGGUGAAGGUGAUCACUGAAGCCACCAAGCGCUAUGAGCUCGUCCCCGUCAAGAAAACCCCGUUUGUGGCGGCAUCCUGUGAUCGCCGCCAGGAGCAUGGUGGUGUAUCAAACGUGGAGCUUGACCAAUUCGAGCGACGCGUGAUGGCAAGGUUCGCCGAGAUGCUGUCGGCCAUACUUCGGGGUGCUGGUCCAUCCGUCCCAAUCGGAGCGCCUGCAGCAACUCCUCCUCAUUCUGGCCCGAGCACCAGCUCGUUUAGGGAGGUGAUGCUUUACCUAAACCCCAACUCCCCUCUGCUUGCCUGCCCACUCUCCCCUCAACCCCAAACCCCACUUGCUUCCCCAUCCAGGCAUAGGGAGGUGAGGCUUUACCUAAACCCCAACUCCCCUCUUGCUUGCCUGCCCACUCUCCCCUCAACCCGAAACCCCACCUGCUACCCUAAAUACAGGCCUAGGGAGGUGAGGCUUUAUCUAAACCCCAACUCCCCUCUGCCUGACUGCCCACUCUCCCCUCAACCCGAAACCCCACUUGCUUCCCAUCCAGGUUUAGGGAGCCACUUGCAAACCCUUACCGCUUGCCUUCCAUAUCUGCCACCUCCCCUAUCCCCCUUCAAUCUACAGGAAUUGUCUAGGCGUGUAGCAACACAUCUUUGCUUCAACAUUGAAGCUUCAAUGAUUCAGUUCUACCCAUCUGCGGAGGAGGCUUUAGAUCAUGGGUUUAGCGAGUUUGUGUCGCCACAGGUUCUGGCCUCGUUGCGUGUGCUCUUUCAGCACAACGAUGCCAGCACCAGAGGGGUCUUUUUCAAGCAGCUGUCCUCAACUAGGACUUCUAUCAACGGCUGGAUGAGAAAGGUGGCACUAACGGCGUUGGGUCGGCAGGCGAACAGGUGCUACUUGGGGAGGUUACCAGCAGAUCUGCUUGCACCACUCGAGUUCUACACGGAUGAGGAGCUCAUCGCACGUUACAAGGAUGGGGAGAGGGGGCUGGCAUGGCAUCGGGAGCUCCUCAUCCCUUUCGGCCGCCUCAUCUUCUCGGUGUCCAUCAAGUUGGCUUUGGCGCGUCGUGGGGUCAAUACCGAGAAGAUUAAGACCCGCCAGCUGGGUUGGAUCCUAUAUGCGUUUGAGUGGCCAAUCCUCAACAACGCACCUGAUGGGAAGUUGAGCGGCAAGUGGGAGUACAAUCGGAUCCACAUUGCUGAAUUCCUCCCAUCUCAUCCGUCCCCUUCCUCCCAUCUCAUCCGUCCCCUUCUUCCAAUCUCAUCCGUCCCCUUCUUCCCAUCUCAUCCGUCCCCUUCCUCCCAUCUCAUCCGUCCCCUUCCUCCCAUCUCAUCCGUCCCCUUCUUCCCAUCUCAUCCGUCCCCUUCUUCCCAUCUCAUCCGUCCCCUUCCUCCUAUCUCAUCCGUCCCCUUCCUUCCGUCCCCUUCCGUCCCCUAUGCCUCUUUGCACAGGCUGCACGACCUGCACCAGCCCGGGCUGGGCGUAGCAGUGGCAGUAACAACUAGUAGCCGCAGCAUGGGGACAUGCGGAGCAGCAGUGGCAGCAACGGGACAGGUGCGGAGCAGCAGGGGCAGCAUGGGGACAGGUGCGGAGCAGCAGGGGCAGCAGGGGGACAGGUGCGGAGCAGCAGUGGCAGCAUGGGGACAGGUGCGGAGCAGCAGUGGCAGCAUGGGGACAGGUGCGGAGCAGCAGUGGCAGCAUGGGGACAGGUGUGGAGCAGCAGGGGCAGCAUGGGGACAGGUGCGGAGCAGCAGUGGCAGCAUGGGGACAGGUGCGGAGCAGCAGGGGCAGCAUGGGGACAGGUGCGAAGCAUCAGGUGCAGCAGGGGGACAGGUGCGGAGCAGCAGUGGCAGCAGGGGGACAGGUGCGGAGCAGCAGUGGCAGCAUGGGGACAGGUGCGGAGCAGCAGUGGCAGCAUGGGGACAGGUGCGGAGCAGCAGGGGCAGCAUGGGGACAGGUGCGGAGCAGCAGGGGCAGCAGGGGGACAGGUGCGGAGCAGCAGGGGCAGCAGGGGGACAGGUGCGGAGCAGCAGGGGCAGCAGGAGGACAGGUGCGGAGCAGCAGGGGCAGGAGGGGGACAGGUGCGGAGGAGCAUAG